AGCAAAAUGACUGAGGUGGUGCUCUGUGGUAUAUAAACACAGGCAGGAGGUGAACCAGCCGGUCUAAGCUCAAGAGACAGCCAGUUCGCCACCAAGGAGCAACCCAGAGCAAUGUCCCUGGCUGGGGUAAGCUGUCUGGUGACAGGAGCAGGAGGAUUUCUUGGUCAGAGGAUUGUCCGCUUGCUGUUGGAAGAAGAGGAGGCGCUGGCUGAGAUCCGACUGCUGGACAAAGCCUUUAGCAGUGAAGCACUUGGGAGAUUUGGAAAGUUCCAGGGUAAGACUGAGGUGAAAAUCCUGGAAGGGGACAUCCGAGAUGUGACAUUCCUGCACCAUGCCUGUCAGGGGGUCUCCCUCGUCAUCCACACAGCUUCCAUCAUUGACACCUUGGGCCUCAUAGAGAAGCAGCUGCUCUGGGAAGUCAAUGUAACAGGUACUCAGCUACUGCUGGAGGCAUGUGUCCGCUCUAACGUCCAGCACUUCAUAUAUACCAGUACCAUAGAAGUGACGGGCCCAAACUGCAAAGGUGACCCAAUUUUCAAUGGUGAUGAAGAUACACCUUAUGAGAGUAUAUCAAAAUCUUCUUACGCCCAAAGUAAGAGACUGGCAGAGGAUUCUGUGCUGAAAGCAGAUGGCCGGGUGUUAAAGGAUGGUGGCAUGCUGAUGACUUGUGCCCUGAGAUCCAUGUACAUUUUUGGAGAAGGAUGCCCAUUUCUUCAAGGUCAUCUGGAUAAGUGUCUGUUGAACAAAAAUGUCUACCUGCGUUUCUCCAGGAAGGAGGCUUUGGUGAACCCCAUCUAUGUGGGGAACAUUGCGUGGGCACACGUGCAGGCAGCCAAAGCCCUACAGGUCCCACAGAAAGCCAAGCACAUCAGGGGGCAGUUCUACUACAUCUCAGAUGACACUCCUCAUAUGAGCUACGCAGAUCUAAAUUACGAGCUGACCAGGGACCUGGGGUUUGGAAUUGAGCCCCGACUCCCCAUGCCUCUGAAAAUGUUGUAUUACUUCUCACUGCUGCUGGAGAUCAUGAGCUUCUUGCUCAGGCCCUUUGUCAGAUACAUCCCCUCCACCAACCGUCACCUGGUCACUCUACUGAACACCCCAUUCACCUUCUCUUAUAGAAAAGCACAGAAGGAUUUUGGCUACAUGCCCCGCUACACAUGGGAAGAGGCUAAGCAGUGCACUGGUCAGUGGAUUGCCUCCAUAAUCCCACAGAGAAGGCAAUACUUGAAAAGCCAGGCUGCCUGAGUCUUAAGAGGAGCUGAGACCUGGCUAAACAAAUAGGGCCUUGAGCCAGAGGAGAGCUGGGUGAACAGCAGCAGCAGCAAACUACAAAGCAUUUAAAUGAAGAAUUUGUGUAACAGCCCCCUCACACCCCUUCCCUCCUCCCCACCCGAACCCAGAAUAAAUAAAAGUGAAAUGUUC